UUUAUCCUCGCAUAUCCAGUAUGAAAGUGGACUUAGACCCAUUGCUCCACUUAACCUCUCAUUUCUUCGCCUUGCGCAAGAAGAUUAUCUGUCAGCAGAUAAUUGCGAGCCACGUCAAUCUUCAGGGUGUCAGGAAACGCAGAUGAAAAAGGUGGAUUGGCUGUGCGUGACGCACUUAUUGGAAUUACGCCAUAAAUUUCGCCCACCUUCGUCGCCGUGGACAGAAGCAACGUGCCGUUCGACCAAUUUCCCCAUGACUUUCCUUCUCGUUCGUGUCGGCCGUCUCUUCGUCUCUAUUCCGGCACCGUCUCGCAGCGACGUAUCGGCUUCGCGUUAGAAACGGUACGCCGAUUCCGUGUCGGAUUUCUGCGUUGAGUGUCGAAAAGCAGUGAUGGUGAUUGUGAUCGAUCAGAAAUUGAGAACCUCUGUGCGACGAAAAAAACAUUUUAUAUAUUCUCGUGUGUGACUAUAUAUCAUUCCCGUUCCCCUCAAAGUGGAAUGACUACAAUACUUUCUAUCAGUUUUUGCGGCGAUUUUUUGUCGACAUAAUUUCAGAAGGGUACAACUUUUGUCGGCAAACCAGUUAUCGUCCCGUCGAGUUAACCGUUUGAUCUGAUUAAGCGGUGGAAAAAACGCACGCGUUGCAAUAUCGUUGACGAUCUUUGGAGCCUUCGAGGUGAACGAGACGGGAUUAAAUAUAGAAGACAACAUGAGGAUAACCUACGUGCUGUUCGGUUUGACGGUGCUGGUCGCGUACGCAGCUUCCGGGCCGGUCGUCAAGAGGGAAGCAGAGUCGGAGGAUCUCAAUCCUUUGAACGAGGUGUACCUCGUGGAACUUGAAGAUGACCAAGCUGCGGACGACGACAGAUCCAACAGAGACAAAAGGAAAAUCGGUGUCGUGAAGCUGGGAGUGUCAAACGGGAUCAUAAACUUCGUCUUUGGUAAAUUGGACUCCUUCCUAGACUCAAAAACCAAGGCUCUGUCAGCGCUGGACGAAGCUAAUAAGGUGAAAAACGCCGCGUACGGAAUCGACGCGAAACAUUCGGCUACCAGUAAAUUCAUCAGCGAACUUGUGGCGGCGAAGAUCAAAGCAGCCAGCGGAAGUAUCGGUCCAGUGAUAAACAGCGCCACAACGUUCAUCAAUGGCGCUAAGACAGGUUUCGCUGGAGCUUUGGUAUCGAAACUUGCACCUUUGAGCUCCAUCGCUGGUGGUUUGUCGGCUGGUGCUGCCGCGAAACACGAACACCACCCGCAUGAGGGUGGAGCCGACCACGGUGGACUAGGAAGCACGGCUGCAAUUCUGGGGAACAUCUUAAGCUCGAAACUCGGUAGUCUGUCGUCCUUGAGCCAAAACCACGGCAGCGGUCAUCACGACUCACCGAGCCACGAGAGUGGAUCAUUCGGGAGCAUAGGCGGAGGGGCUACGGUCUCUACUACCACGGAGGAUAUCCCCGAGUUCGAUAGGAUGAAAGUGUCCUUGGAGGUACCGGCGCAAGCGUUCGGCACUGGUUUCACCCUAAUUACCAAUAUCAGCAAAAUCAUCAGUAGCGUCAUACUAAACUCAGCCCGCAGAACACAGACAGUACUAGAAGUGUUCAAACCCUUCUUCCGUGGAGCGUUCGCCAUCAAAGGACUACCAUCGGACAAGCACCAUUAACAACUCGAGGAUUCGAGACAAAUAGCUCAACGAUCGCUUCAGGGAACGAGGACUCUGCUCGUCUUAAAAUCAAGAGGACCAGAGACCCGUGUAUAUAGUCUGUUAAGAUAGGAUGGCAAUUUAGAAAAUUUUAUUACGUACAAGAAUAAUUCAGGUAUCUUGCGUUGGAUUUUGAUGGUUAGUCUCGUCCAACGACAGGCAAAUUGAUUUCCAGCUAAGAUUGCGAUUAUAUAAAUCGUUUGACGAUUUCCUAUAGCGUUGCCAUAAGCUUAAAUGCUCGUAAGAAUGCAGCUGUUCAGGAAGUACUAUGUACCAUAUUUUAGAUCAAACGAUUACUGCGAUGAAAUCUGAUGGUCAUUGGCGUAGCUAGGAUUUGGAUUGCAGAAUGCGAGGGUUGGAGAAUUUGGGAAUUUUUUAUUUGGGGAUUGGAGAUUUUGGGGUUUGGAAGUU